AUGUAAUAACCUCUUGAAGAUAAUAUAGAUUAAUUUAUACUUGGCUUCAAUAAUCAAACAAACAACUCAAUAAUUUAGCCAAACAUCAAUCAAGAAUAGCUCUUAGCUUAGAAUGCUAGACUAUUAUAACAAUUACAUGAAUAAUAAAAGAUGCUUAAUUUAUAAAAUCUUUUCACUUAAAACAUGCUCUAAACUUCAUAUCUUAAUUAGUAAUUCAUACCUAAUAGCAAAAAGAUUAAGAAAGCUAAAUCUACAUUAUAACAUAUUUAAUCUAAUGCUAGUUUAAGAGACUAACAACCUUAAAUUUAGGAAAUUAAAGGAAAUGUUAAAAAUGCUUAUAUAAAGAAAAUAACAUCAUUAUUAAGUGUUAAAGGAGAUAAUUUGUUUGAUGAAGAAUUACAAGAGGAUUUAUAAGAAGAUAGUUCUUCUGA